AUUAUAUUCAAUCUUUUUAUAUUUGACUUAAUUGCAAGGGGACAAUCGACAAUUCACCAGUAUGUAUAGUGUUGCAAGCCAAGAUUCAGAGGUUAUAGAGAUAAAUAGUCAACCAACCGCGACUGGGUCCAAUAAUGAAAGAUUUAGUGAAGAAGACAAUAAAGAAACAAGGGAUAAGGAACAAGAGAUACUCAACCUAACAAGCGAUGAAGAAAACCCAAGAGAAGAGUAUCAGGAGAUGGAGGUAAGUAAUAAAAUUGAUACUAAGAACCAUAAUCUAGGAGAUGAUUCUGGCAGUCAUCAAGAAGUCAUUAAUUUAGAAGAAUUAACCGAUGAAGACGACGAUGAAAAGUCAAUAGAGAGUGACCGUGAUAUAAAUAGUAAAGAAAGUAAUAAAAACAUUGGUAAUAACAAUAAUGAGCACACCAAGUCCAUUAAUUUAGAUGUCCAAGCAAUAAACCUUAGUUCUAGUUUAACUUUAGAAAACCACGAGGAUGACUUUGAGUUGGCAAAAAACGAUGAUACAGUUGAACAAACCAAUCCCCAAGAUAAUAGUGCAAAUGACGAAGAAGACGAUCUCGAAGAAAUCGGGGAAACUGAUUUCAAGAAAGGUUUAGGUUCUGAAUUCGGCUCGGAUGAAUUAAAUAGCGAAGAUGAAAUACCAAAUUUAGAAGAGGACGAGUCCCAAAAAGACCAAUUGUAUACUUCAACAAACAAAUUAGACAAUGAGGACAGUGUGAUUGAUGAUCGAAAGAAUGAUGGCAAUAGUGAAAGAAAUCAAGAUGAUAUUGCGUAUUCGAAGAAUAAUGAGACCAAUGAAUUCGAUAUCUCAAAUGAUGUAAUAACCAUAGAAGAAUCAACUGCACCACCUAUGGAAGAGAAUAAAGAUAAAAAUAGCCUUGAAGACAUACCUAUACCAAUAUUUAUUCGCAUAUCGGGGGAUGACUAUUUAUUGAUUCCUUUUUACAAACCUACAAAAUUAGACUUAGAAGGUCUUGUUGCAUUAUUUGAUGAUUCAUCAGUUUUAGGACAGUCAACUGAUGAUUUUUUUGGCUCUUUAAGAGAUAAUGAGGAUUUAGUGGAUUUAUAUAAUUUUGAAGAAAAUGAGGAAUUGAUUCUAAUCAUCCCCGAGCUUGGUAAUUUAUCUAUAACUGAAGACAACAUAUAUUCACGCGAUAUUGGAAUUUGGGAUUUUGUUAAGGCAUUUAUGUCACUCAAGGUGAAUUCCAAAGAUGAUACUUCAGUACCUCCUAGAAUGACUUUGGAAGUAUCUACUCAAAGAAGAUUUAUAACCAAGUUUAAUAAGUUAGCGGAAUCUGUGAACUCAGGCAAAGGAUUCAACGAUAUCGAAGAUUUAAAUGAUCCGGGCGAGCUGAGGUUAUCCUCUAAGCGUAGCAUAGAAUUCGAAGAGGAUGUUAAUGAAGGCCACAAAAAACAAAAAACGAGUAUAUAGGUAUGUAGUUAGCUAAAUGAAUGAAUAAAAGGUUGACAAUGACU